AUGCAAUAUUGGGGCUGGCUGGAUUCUGCAUUUAUCGUGCUUAUUAGCACGUAUUUGGUUCUUGCGCCUUACUCCAAAGUGGAGGAGUCCUUUAGUCUCCAAGCGGUGUAUGACAUGUUGAACCAUGGCUACGCCGACUUGGAGUUGUACGACCACAAAACGUUCGAGGGAGCCGUUCCAAGGUCCUUCUUCGGGCCUUUGUUGAUUUCCGUGAUUGUGAAGCCUAUAAAGCCAUUAUUGGACAAGUACUACCCGGACCCCACUGAACUCAAUCUCCAAUUGCUUGUUAGAGGAGUAAUUGGAUUGACCAACGGACUUUCGUUGAUCCGUCUUCGUCGUUCAUUGGCAGCUUCGUGUGCUCUCAACUCCAAGUAUAUUUCUGUCUGGUUUGCUGUUCUUCAGUAUUCGCAAUUCCACAUUGUUUACUACGCAUCCCGCUCGUUGCCCAACUUCCUGGCAUUGCCCUUUGUUAACCAUGCUCUGGCCUACAUCGUCAAGGGAGAGUUUGUUCCGGGUGUCACCUGGAUGUGUUUUACUGGUGUGGUGAUGAGACUCGAGGUGGGGCUCUAUGGAUGCUGUUUUGCUCUCAUGUCUGUUCUACUUGGUCAGUCUUCUUUGAUAACUACGCUUGGAGGAAUGGUUGCGGGAUCGCUUGUGGGACUCGGAACCACUUUGUUCGUUGAUUCGUACUUCUGGGGUCAUCUGGAGUUUCCUGAACUCACUGCUUUCAUCUACAAUGUGGUUGAAGGAAAUUCUCAGAACUGGGGUGUUGAACCUUUUUCAGCGUACUUCUUCAAGUACUCGAGAGCUCUGUUCUUCCCUCCAAUCGUGCCUAUCAUGCUAGUGAAAGGUCUCACGAAGGACCCUUCUCAAAACGGAAAAGGAAACACUAUCCGCACAAUCUGCAUCUCAUCUUUGUUGUUUGUGUUUGUCAUGUCGUUCCAGGCUCACAAGGAGUGGAGAUUUAUCAUCUAUGCGGUGCCCGCUUUGACUGUGGUAGGAGCUAAUGGAGCCGAUCUUGUGGUGAGUCAGUUUGGUAGCAGUAUCCCCAACAGGUUGCUAUCGCUUUUGGCUUUCGUCCUUCCCGUGGUCAGCCUUGGUACCUCUCUGUUCAUGGGUUAUGUGUCUUCCUUCAACUACCCAGGUGGAGUGGCUCUUGCCAACCUGAACGAGCGCUUGCUGAAACUAGACCAGACUGCUGGUCUUAUCCAGCAGGAGAUCACCGUUCAUAUGGACAUUCCUGCGUGCAUGACAGGAAUCACACUGUUUGGCCAGUUGAAGCCCGAGAGUUUGACCAAUUUCAAGGUCAACUACGACAAGAACGAGAACAGAACUCAGCUUCUGGAGACGGCCACUUGGGAAGACUACAACUACGUGAUCACAGAUUUGGACUCCGAGGCCGACAACCAGUAUUUACCUAAGGCCCUGGUGGAUACCAAGCUCAAGGACGUUCCAGGCUGCAACUGGUACAAAGUGGACGUUGUUCAGAUGUUCGCAGGCGUUCAGGUAGCGCCCUUUGUGGAGUACGCCAAAGAGAUUGCCAAUGACGGCUUCCAAUUGUGCGAGGACAUUAUCUCCCUAGACACCACCAACAUCAAGAAGGUGCUAGACGACUCAAUUAUUCUGAAAGACGCAUUGUAUGUGUACGAGAAGGUGUGCAAUGACGUGAUCUAA